AUGCCCGAAUCCGUCAAGACCACUUCCACUCAUUCUGGUGAAUUGCCUAUUGGUGCCGAUGGUAAGCCAUUGAAGCCUUGCUGCGCUUGUCCUGAAACCAAAAAGGUCCGCGAUCAGUGCAUUUUUGAAAACGGCGAAGAAAACUGUCAAGGCCUGAUUGAAGCACAUCUCAAGUGCAUGCGUGAUUUGGGAUUCAAGAUCUAA